AUUACAAAACCAAAGAGUAUAUAAAGGUAUACAAAACAUAACGCUUGAAGUUGACAAGUUGAUUUACGUUUUAAUCUUUUUAUACAAAUACUUAAAAACUCAUUUACAAAAUUAUUUAUGUAAUUUGUCAACAUAGUAAAACAAUUAUAAAUAAAAAUAACAAUCGAAGUUGAACUAUUUGGAAGUAUUGCAUCUACCUGUCACGACAUUACAAAAACUAUGAGCUUCUUUUUAUAAUAUGAUGGAGGAAUCACACCCUAUUUUGGAAUCAUGCAAACCUUUAAAGACCGAAUUCGACUGUUUCCGAGAAAUUCAAGUAACUUCAGAAGAUUUCACAAUUGGUCGUGGUCUUCACAAUACUGUGGUAAUUCCAUUCUUAGCAAUAUCGAGAAACCAUUGUAAGUUCAAAAAAAACAACACAGAAUGGAUCAUUGAAGAUUACAGUUCUUUUGGUAUAACAAUUAAUGGUGUUAAAUUAGGGAAAGGUAAAUGGAAAAAAUUAAAUCACCGAGAUGUUAUAAUUUUGGAUGCAUCACAAGAAUUUGAAUAUAAAUUUAUUUGCAAUGACUCUGAACUAACACCUUGUUCUGCAAAGCGAAUAAAAAUUGAACCUGAUUUAAAUAAUGCUGAUUUAAUACAUGAUGCGAAAGUUAAAUUUGAAGAAUCUCAAAAUUUUGCAAUAAAGCAUUUUCAUGAUAUUAUUCAAAACACAAAACAAAUUAAAAGUACAAAUAUACUAUUAAAAGAGCAGUUGCAAUCAGAUAUGAAACGAAAAAUAAGUCAACUGGAAAGUGAAUUUGCAGUGCAAAUACAAAAUUUAAAAGGAGAAAAGAAUGAAGUAGAAAGACAAAAAGCACUUCUUUUAGAAGAGAGAGACAUGCUACUACUGAAUUUAAAGAAUGAUAUGGAAGGAAAAAUAUCAGAGCUUAUGGAACAAAUUAAAAGUCAUACCGAAAUAGAAAAUAAGCUUUUGAAGGAAAAUAAUUUAUUAAAAGAGAAAAUGUUAAAAGAAAGAGAGGAUUUCCUCUCGGAGCUGAAUAAAGAAAGUUCAUUGAAACAGAACAUGUUAGAUAAAUUAAGUGCAAAAAUGAAAGAACAGGAGGAAGCUAGAUUAAAAGAAAAACAGGAGUUUGAAGAACUUCUCAAACAGAAAACAGAAUUAUUAAGACUAGAGAAAGAGAAGGAAUUACAUGAAUUAGUAGAACAGAAGAAGCAAAGAGAAUGUGAACUAAUGGAAGAACUUAGUAAUAUAAAGAAAAAUCUUGAGGAGCAAGUUGAACAUACUGAAAAACAGAGAUGUGAAGCACAACAACAACUGCACAAACAACUAGAGGAAAUGGAGAAAGUUAAAAGUGAAGACAAAUCUAAAAUGGAAAAAUUGAUGCAAGAAAGAGAAGAAAUUCAAAAAAGAUUAAAUGAAGCUGUAAAAAAUUCGGAAAAAUUUAUUGAAGAUUUAAAGGCAAGAGUCACAGAGAGAGAAGUAGAACUAGCAGCAUUGGCAGCGGAAAGAAUACAGAAACAAGCAGAACAAUCGAGUGAAGUAAUAAGUUCGCUACAGGAACAGUUAGAAAAGGUUCGAAAUAAACUGCAAAACGUUGAAAAUGAAAACAAGAAAUUACUUGAGAACACCGUACCAGAAACAAAAGCAGAGUCGUCGAACAAAAUUGCUGAAGUAGGAGAAAUAAUGGAAAGCGAAUUACAAUGUAGUAUAUGUGCGGAAUUAUUUGUAUCAGCGACCACUCUCAACUGCUCACAUACAUUCUGUAAAUAUUGUAUUUCAAUGUGGAAAAAGAAAAAGAAAGAUUGUCCAAUAUGCCGGACAUCCAUCACAUCAGAAUGUAAAAGUUUAGUCCUGGAUUCUUUUAUCGAUAAAAUGGUACAGAAUCUAUCAGAAGAAAUGAAAACAAAAAGACAAGAAAUGUUGAAAAAUCGACAAGAGCUUGAGUCGGAACUGGAGAAGAAAAUAAAACCAAGAAGCAGCCGACGAAGAGACUCGUAUGAAGAAGAAGACGAAAGCUCCGAGUCCCUCGAGGAGGAGGAGGAGGACGAGGACGAGGACCUCACCCCGGACAACUUCAUGGGCCUUGAACUCGACGAUUACAUCCUUGGGUACGACUCUGAAUUCGAAUUCGAGAGAUCAGAUUCCGACGGUGGAUCUUACAAUGCUAACGACCUCUCCGCCGAGGCCACGGAUGAUUUCCCAGAUACCAUAUCCCUGGGUCGUAACGGAACAAGACGAAGGACAGUCCCAGGCCGACGGGACGCGUACUACGGCGGCUACGGGCGCUGCUUCCGCUGCGGCGCCCGGGGACAUUGGGCGCCCGGCUGCCCACUGAUCGGCGACCCGCAGUGAUUAUAACGUUUAUGUAUCAUAAAUUAUUAUAAAUAUUAUUAUUAGUUCA